CGUUCAGAAGCUGAUAAGAGAAAAUUAAAAAUUGAAAUCACCGGCUAACGAUAAAAUGUUAUAGGAGCAAUUGAUAAUAACUGUUCGAAAUUCAAAUGUAGUGCAGCACAUGUCACUUAGGCUGCACCCACCAUGUUGAACUUAUUGGUUAUUCUUGCUGCUUCUCUUGUUCCAUUAGUGGAAGUCCAUAGUAAUCGUCUUUCAAGAAGUGACAUCGAUGCUAUUCUAAAUAUCAUACAAACACAACAACAAAGAAGUGACAGUGACUCAGACAGUGGCUCCUAUGAGAGGCUUGCGUUAAGAAAUAGUCAACUGGUUAAUUUGCUACAUCGAUCUCUUAAUGAAGAAAAGAAAAGGGAAAGGAAAGUUAGAAAGGAAUCGAAACUUUAUAGAUACGACUCAAAUGAAAAUGUUGAAGAGUUAAAUCGAAUUCUAGAUCAGAACAAAGAUGAUGAUGAUGAUGACGAUAGUUAUUUGGAUAAGAAAAAAAUACGUCCCUAUGAUUUAUUACAGAAAAGGAACGAUAGACAGAAAAGUUAUAAUAAGAAUAAACUGCUUCCUAAUAAUUUAUUGGAAACGUAUCAGGACCGAAACGAGAGGAGUCUCAGUGAUUAUUCCAAAGUAUAUAUAAUUUUGAAUCCGGACGCGGUGAGAAAUAGUCAAAAUAAAAGAAAGAUAGCUAAUUUGAUAUCCCGGCUUCUCUCGAGAUCAUCACAAACUGAAGAUGAUUUGUUAUUAGGAGCAUAUGCCAAUAGACAGAACAGACGUGACGGUGCAGAAAAGGGAGCGUACAUGAAGGACUCAUUUGAAGAGCGGCCCAAGCGCCCACGUUACAACAACUACGGCGGAGGCGGCGGCGGCGGGGGCGGUCGCACAGCCAUACCGUACAUACGGAACAGGGGAGAUAUUUACGUUCGAGACCGUAACGAGUAAACAGAAAUUAAUUAAAAACUUUAAAUUAAUUAAAUCUUUUAUUUAUCAUGACAAUCACUUAUUCCAGUGUUCUUUAAACUACUAAUAAAGAAAAUUAUUUCUAAGAAAA